GCUUGCUCCGUACAUCUAUCAGCUUAAGUUGUGGCCUCCCGGCUCCUUGUUCUUAUCUCGGAAAAGUGCCCAGGAGCCGUGGUUGCGUGAAGGGCCCUUUCCACCCUAGCACAGCCCAAGCCCGCUCCCCUUGGAGCCCCUGCGGGGCGGGGCCGGGGGCGCGGGCUCCGCCUCGGGCGGUGUUCGGGGCGGAGACUUGUCCCCGCGCCCGGCAAGGCCUCCCCGCCGCGCCGCCCUCGAGGCCGUUCGCGCCAGACAGAGCAGCGGCCGGCCCUCGUGCACCCGCGCCCGGUUCCCGGUUCCCUGGUUCGCGGGCGGCGCGUCAGAGGAGGCGGGUGGAGCGCGGGGAAGGCAGUGAUCUCGGGCCGGCGCGCCAGACGCCGAUGGCUCAGGCGAGGAUCAGCGCCAAGGCCAACGAGGGCCGCUUCUGCCGCUCCUCGUCCAUGGCCGACCGCUCCAGCCGCCUGCUGGAGAGCCUGGACCAGCUGGAGCUCAGGGUGGAGGCUCUUCGGGAAGCGGCCACGGCUGUGGAGCAGGAGAAGGAGGUCCUCCUGGAGAUGAUCCACAGCAUCCAGAACAGCCAGGACAUGCGGCAGAUCAGCGACGGAGAAAGAGAAGAAUUAAAUCUGACUGCAAACCGUCUGAUGGGACGAACCCUGACUGUGGAAGUUUCAGUAGAAACAGUUAGGAACCCCCAGCAGCAGGAGUCCCUCAAGCACGCCACCAAGGUCAUUGACGAGGUGGUCAGUAAGUUUCUGGAUGAUCUGGGAAACGCCAAGAGUCACCUGAUGUCGCUGUACAGUGCGUGCUCCUCCGAGGUGCCUGCGGGGCCGGUGGAUCAGAAGUUCCAGUCCAUCGUGAUCGGCUGUGCUCUCGAGGAUCAGAAGAAAAUUAAGAGAAGACUAGAGACCCUGCUUAGGAACAUUGAAAACUCUGACAGGGCCAUCAAGCUGCUGGAGCAUUCUAAAGGGGCUGCUUCCAAAACCCUGCUACAAAACACUGAAAGCAGAUUCAACUAGUGUUCCAACCUAAGAGCCCUUAUAAAUUAUCACAUAAAAAUGAUAACGUACUAUCUUAAGUGAUAACUAGUUCUGUCUGUUAGACAUAACAACUCAUUUGAUACUGAUCGUUGUUUCCGAAGAGGAAAAUAUCUCAGUGCUGUUAGUUUGUGAAUAACAAUUAAAACUAGAAAUAUUUUGAUUACCUUUUUAGAAGUUUUUAGAUUGAAUUCUUGUCUUGUACUAGGAUCU